AUGGUCUCACAACUCGAGCUUGAGCAGUACGUUCAUCCCUCAAGGAGCUCCAACGUGAACGUUGAGAAGAUAUGCCAAGUUGCCAAGACGAAGCUCAAACAUUCAGAACUGGCCAAUGGGCUCAUCAGGUUUUUGAUAUUUGCAGCAAUCUACAUGACAGUCAUUUACUAUCAGCGGAAUUCAGAGAUGGCGUCCGACAUCGAUGGGAUGCUACGAAAGAUUGUGUUAGAAACUCAGUAUCGAGAUCCAUGGAGCUUUCAACAGAAAACUUUUCAGGAUAUAUCUACCAUAGAUGAGUUUUGGGAUUGGCAUCUAUACGCCCUGUUGCCUCGGAUAUUGCAAAAUGAUUACUACAACGGUGAUCCCGUUCCGCAAAAUGAUUAUGGAACAAUCCACAUGCAUAGUCGGAUUAUCAAUGAGAUCAGGUUGAUACAGAGACGUGCCAAGAAUGGAACUUGUGAUGCACUCCCGUACCUCUCUAAUUUCUCCUCUGAAUGCUACGGGAGCACGUACUUCGACGGCACCUGGGGCAACGUUGACACCGAGUCCUUCAUCGGAAGGGAUGAGAAGUCUGUGUAUGUUUUCGAGAGCUUUCCUUCUGGCUCACCAGGUUCUACAGGUCUGUUUGCCACGGUGCUCCUGAAAUUCUGGAUAUCUAACACGGGCAACUUCAAGAUGGCAUAUGAGCUCUCUAUGAAGCGUAACGAGUCUGAUGCUGCUUCUUGCAUGCUAAGACUUGUCCCUGUCAGUUGGCAAGACUACGUGAGGAUGGCAGGCGAGCUUAUUGUCGUCAUCUUCUGGCUAUUCUUUGUGAAGCGAGAGGUCGAGCGAGUCGGCGAGCUCGCCGAGGAGUACGGGUACUUAACGGCCUACCUGUUUCACAACUCCAUCAACACCAUUAAGUUCGAGGGCUUCUCCUCCUUCUCUCUCGGCCUCAUCACUGUCUUCGAGUACAUGACAGGCUCCACCAACUACGAGGAGAUGUACUGGGGCUUCUUGAGAAGGAUCUACUACCUCCGCGGUGUUCUUCCCCAAGACUUUCAGAAACGACUAAAUCGAACCUCCAAGCUCAAAUAUUUCCGAGGUAUAGAGAGCAAGACAUGCGUCGACUUCUAUGAACUGGAGUCACUUGUGGCGAUGAAUCACAAUGUCACCAGCAUGACGCUGAUUGACAUCAUCAACGAGUACGAUGCAUGGAUACCCAAGAGCCACAUGGAGAAGGUCGCAGAACGGGUUGAAGCACACCACGAUCCUGGCAAGAUGGACGCUGUUCCGCAGGCCUUGCAAUCCUUACGGGUUGCCGAGUCACUCCGGGGAGAAUGUUUGCGACUGACGAUCAUGACAGGAGAUCUUGCGGGAGAUUGCGAACUCUAA